AUGGCCGACGGAAUCGAUUCGUUAGUUGGUCAGCUUCGAGAAGGAUUCCAAGUCGAUCCGGACGCAUUGGGCGAACACCCUCGAUACAGUCAGUACAAGAAUUUGGCGAAAGCGGCCGAGCUUCAGGCGAAACGGCGACAAGAUGCUCUCGAUAGGCAGAAAGAAGGACGAUAUUUGAAGUUGAUGAAGCUUCGAAAUCUGGUUGGCGAUGAGACGACAGAUGAGGAUGAUGAGGAGCUGGAGGAGGAGGCUGUCGAGGUGAAUGAGCCGAAAGAAGAGAAGCGGUUGAAAAUGAGGAAUAAGUAUGCCGAUCAGCUAAUGCUCAGCGAAUGGCUCGUCGACAUUCCCGAUCAGCUGUCCGAACAAUGGACGAUGGUCGUUGCGCCGAUCGGAAGGCGUUGCCUCGUGGUGGCCACAAAAGGUCUCACCAAUGCGUACAACAAAUCGGGACGAAACGUGAUGCAAUUCAACUCGUACCUACCCGGCGGCUAUGGGCGCAACAAGUGUAACUCGCACACGGUUCUCGAUUGCAUUUUUGGCGACAACACGUUCUACGUCAUCGACAUACUGUCGUGGGACGGCCGAGAAUACAACGAGUGUCCGUUCGAUUUUCGAAUGUUCAUGCUCGACUCGAAAAUUCAGGAAACGCCCGAACUCGGGCAGACGUCGAAAAAGCAGAGAUAUCGAUAUGUUGCUGCGGACAAAUGCCCGGCUACUCCAGCAGCGAUGACGGAGAAGAUGAAGCAGACUUUUAACUAUAAGGUCGAUGGUUUGAUGUUUUACCACAAUUCAGUGAUCUAUGAAGCGGGACAAAGUCCGUUGGUUGGUUGGCUCAAACCGUGGAUGAUGCCGGAGAUUCUCAACAUUCCAGUUGCCGAGCACUAUCUAAAAGGCCACGAGCAUUACGCGAAUUCUCAACAAUUCAUCGAUCAGUACAACAAAAAGCACGGUCAUCAAAGUCAAAUCGACAAAUCAAUGGAUGUCGAUAAUUGA